AUGAAAAUCCUCAUAAUUUUGAUAAGUUUUGUCUCUGGCUUAAUAUUUUAUGAUACCAACAUAUUCAAAGGUUUCGAUGACUAUUUUAAUACUACUUUUAAUUGCUAAUAUAAUUCAGUUACUAGUUCAAUAUUCUUUUCAGAUUCCUUUCCUAAUCCUCCAAAAAUAAUUCUAACCCUUGAAAAAAUUGAUACAUGGUUUACAAACGCAUAUUUUUUUUUGUAAGUCACAGAUAUUCAACCUACAUGUAUAUAUAUAUAAUUUCAUCAAUUUAGAUUUUGAUCUAAAAAUUUCAUGUUCAAGUUAAAGAGUAUAUGCUAUAAGAGUUAAAUGGUAUGCUGUUUUGGGUUGUAGUUAUCAAGUGAUAAAUUAUAUCAGUACAACCUCAAUUGUCAAUAUGACUUUCCCACAUACAUUGAGUAAUGCAAAAAAUGGAUUUGUGAGUUUAACAGGUUUUUAAUAUAGUGGCAAUAUUGAUUUUCUACUAAAAGUAAAUAUUUUUUAUGAUAAUCAUCUCAGAUUAGUGAAUUGACAAGUUAAUCGGUUUCUGUUGAAAUCAAUAAAGUAGAUAUUAAAUUCUAAAAUCUAAAAAAAAUUGGUUAUUAAGUUGUCAUAACUGAAUUUGAUAUAAUUAAUCUAGGAUUAUAAACUUCUCCUGGUUAAUAUACUAGUUAGCUAAUCUAAAUAGAAUCUGAAUCAUGGUUCGUUUUUAACCUUUAAGGUCUAAAUUAUUUUACCACACAGAACAUAAGACUAAACCUAACAUACACUAAUGAUUCUAAUACUAUAACUUAUAAAUUUGGCACAUGUAUUUAUUUAUUAAAUUUUAGGGAGUGGAACAUAGACUGGAAGUUAACAUACUUAACUUUGGUUAAACUAUUAAUAUAAGUACUUUAAUUGCAUUAAGAUAUAAACUCAAAGAAAAUUAGUAUCAAAUAUAAAUGAUUUACCAGAUAAGAUAAUUAAUUUCAUUGAUUUGAAUCUCUAAUAUUUUAAUAUAGGAUAAUUUACAUUUAUAGUGAAUUAAAGGCUACCCUAUUUGAAAAUAGAAGUUUCUGUAAAAUGCUUUAUAGGAAAAGUAAUUCAAGGUUCACUUCAUUAAAAGAAUAACUGUGAUCCAUCAUAAACGCAAGUUAUAAAAUAUCAAUGUUAAAAAAAUUACAAUUUCAUAAUUUUCCAUUUACUAUUCACUUCAUCUACUUAAACAUCCUAUAAAUUUAAGAUAAUAAUUACAACUUAGAGUAUUGAAUUAAUUCAAGUACUAUAGAAUUAAGUAGAAUUAGAGUAGCUACUUAUGAAGAUCGAAUAAUUAGAAUUGUGA